CUGGUUGAACAUGCCUGCUACGUCCGCUUCUCUUCCUCCUGGAGCGACCAGGCCGGCUUCGUCUGCGUCUCGACAUCCACUUCCAAGCUUAGCUGCUGUGAUGAGUGCACCAGAGAGACGUAACAUGCCUCUUCUCCAUCCACAAAGGCCCAAUGGAACUUUAUGGUUUGGGAUAGACGAUUGCAUCCGGAAAGAUGUAGUGUCAACAUAUCAGUCAAACUUUUGGGGACCAUGGUGGACCUACAGAAUGGUGCCAGAUGAGAAGAAGGUCGCUUGGUGGACUAGUUUUCUGCAACAAUACUAUUGGGAUCCUAAGCAUCACAGUCAAGUUCGUUUUCAGUGGGAACAAAUUCUGAAAAGCUCAAUCAGAGACCUUGCUUAGGAGGAGAUCAGAAGAAAAAAAGAAGCCAGAUUUUAUUGGCCUAGCAGAUUGGAACUUGAUGCUAGAGACUUGGCAGGAGGAGCCACACCAAAAGAGGAGCAAAACGAAUUCUGAGAAUGCUUCCUCAAACCCAGAUGGUUUAGGCACUCACCGUCAUACUUCAGGAUCAAAAAACCACAAGCGUUAUGCUUAUGACUUGACUGUUAAGGCUGGUGGAGUAGCACCUCCAGUCACUGAAGUAGUGCGUAUGACCCAUACUCGCAAGGAUGGCACUUUCAUUGACAAAAGAGCAGAAGGUUUUGUGAAGGCUGCCGAGGCUCUUGCAUUGGAGCGAUCACAAGGUUCCUGUCUGACUGAUGAAACCCCAUCAGCACCCUCUACCCAGCAGCUCAACGCUGCUUACAUUGAAGUGGCAACCAAUGGCAAAGGGCGAGUUUAUGGGCUUGGUUCAAUUCAGGAUAUUGAUGAUGAACCAAGUGAGACUGCACCAGCAUCUUUAUUUACACAUCUGGCAGUUGAUGGACGCUUGACCACCAUGGAGGGUGUUGUAACUUGCUUGAAGGAUGAUGUUUCUGGCUUGAAGGAGGAUGUAAUUGGUAUUAAGCGAGGCAUUGAGGUUCUGAUGAAGAUGAAUGGAGUGGACCCUGUUACCUUUGAACCUAUUCAGCGUGAGAGCGAUGCAUCUGUUCGAACUCCCCAAUCAAGCCAAGGUAACAGGGUUUAACUCACGCUGAAUAGGUUCAAAGGUAACAGGGGAGUUCUAACAUCAAGAUCAGAGUUAAUAUUCUCCCGUACAUUAACUCUGAUCUUGGUGUCUUUUGUGUUUAUACUAAGUUAAGCUCUAACAUCACUAGAUGUCUUUUGUAAAAACAUCACUAGAUGUCUUUUGUAACUUCUGAAGAACAUCAUUAGAUGUCUUUUGUAAAAUCUUUUUAUAAUUUUAAUGGUAUUUGAAUGUUUAAAUUAAUUAUUAUGUUGUUUAAUGCUUUAAAUUUGAUUUCAAAUUAUUAAUCAGUACAGUUUAAAAAAUAAAUCAAAAUAAAUAAUAAAGCCACAGAAAAGCACAUAUAAAUUUGUGGCAAUUUUUAAAAUAAAACCACAGAUUUCCACAUAAUAAGUUGUAGUUAUACAAGCCACAAAUACAAAUAAUUGUGGUUAUUUUGUGUCUAAAUUUCCACAAAACGUUUUGUUGUUAUCAGUAGAAAUAAAGCCACGAUUUUAAGUGGCACGAGUUGUGGCUAAUAAAACCACAAAAAAAUUGUGGCUAUUUGCGUAUUACAUCCACGAUUAGUUUUGUGGCUGUUUGUAGAAUAUUCUCUACGGUUUAAAAUGUGGCUUUUUGUAGCAAAAAUUGCAACGAAUCCGAGUUAGCGCUAUUUGUGGCUAUUGUCCACAAAAAACCGUUUGUGGCUAAGUUGUAGAAGCACAGCAACAAAUAACAACGCUUAUUCGAUUGCCACAAGCCCGUAGUCAACGAAAUUUUUUUGUAGCGA